GUCUUAACCUAUAUUCAUGUUGGAUGAAUCAAUGAUGGAUGAAUGAAAAUUGAUGGAGAAAUGCAUUUGAGGUCAUUGCCUGAGUGAAGAAAUCAGAAUGUAACUGAUUGCCUUUAUGGAAGCACCUAUCCCUUAACCACCGUCCAAACUGAAAAAAUCAAUUAAUUAAGAAGAAGAGCUACUAACCAAAAUGGAGGACGAGUGGGGCUUGGAGGAGCAGACGGCCUCCUUUGGUCGCCUGCCCACCGUCCCUAAUGCUUCGAUGGAUUUGGAGACAGACAACGAGGUGGCCAGUAAUUGGUCAACAUUGGGCAACUUUACUCGUCUGGUGGCUAACGCUGCUCCGGAAAUCAUCAACUAUACGCUCAAUAUGAUGGACUUGAGUGUGGGCGUGGCCACGGAUAUAGUCAAUCUGAGUGUUAGCACCACGCCCCUGCCCGCCUUUGCGAUCGCUAAUAGCUCCUCGCUGGCACACACAAAUAGUCGUCAUGAAUCCCCACCGAUGGCCGAACAGGUUCCCGAGCACGUGAUGGACCACGCCCCCCAGUUAUCCCGUUCUGGGCUACUCAAGGUGUAUGUCCUGGCAGUGAUGGCACUCUUCUCCCUUCUGGGCAACCUGCUGACCAUCUGGAAUAUCUAUAAGACCCGCAUUUCAAGGAGAAACUCCAGGCACACGUGGAGUGCCAUUUACUCGCUGAUGUUUCAUCUGUCAAUUGCCGAUGUCCUGGUCACCUGGUUCUGCAUCAUUGGGGAGGCAGCUUGGUGCUACACGGUCCAGUGGCUGGCCAAUGAGCUCACCUGCAAGCUGGUGAAGCUCUUCCAGAUGUUCAGCCUCUACCUGAGCACCUAUGUCCUAGUGCUGAUCGGCGUGGAUCGGUGGAUAGCGGUCAAGUAUCCGAUGAAGUCACUCAACAUGGCUAAAAGAUGCCAUCGCCUGCUUGGUGGCACUUACAUCUUGUCGCUGGUCCUCAGCUUGCCACAGUUUUUCAUAUUCCACGUGGCGCGUGGUCCGUUUGUGGAGGAGUUCUACCAGUGCGUCACCCACGGAUUCUAUACAGCUGACUGGCAGGAGCAGAUGUACGCCACGUUUACAUUGGUCUUCACCUUCCUACUGCCGCUGUGCAUUCUGUUUGGCACCUACAUGUCCACAUUUCGCACUAUAUCAAGCAGUGAAAAGAUGUUCCAGGGAUCAAAGUUGGCCAACUACUCCACGGCCAAGUUGCCAACGCAAACGAAUCGCCAAAGGCUGAUUCACAAGGCCAAAAUGAAAUCGCUUCGGAUUUCGGUGGUGAUCAUCAUAGCCUUCCUCAUCUGCUGGACUCCCUACUACGUCAUGAUGAUUAUGUUCAUGUUCCUCAAUCCGGACAAAAGGCUGGGCGACGAUCUGCAGGACGCCAUCUUCUUCUUUGGGAUGUCCAACAGCCUGGUCAACCCGCUCAUCUACGGCGCCUUCCACCUGUGUCCUGGCAAAGGAGGCAAGUCGAGCGGCGGUGGUGGCAACAACAAUGCCUACAGCCUAAACAGGGGCGACUCGCAGCGCACUCCAUCCAUGCUGACAGCGGUGACGCAGGUGGACGGAACAGGUGGCAGUUCCCGUCAGAUGCGGACCUUCCGCCAGCAGAGUUACUACCGGAGUUCCAGCAAUGGCACAGGCGGACCUGGUGGUGUUAGUGGUGCGCCCUUCAAGGAGCAGGUGGGCCUUUUGCAUGUGGGCCCUGGUAAUGGAACUUCGGGUGGCUCCGUGUCCAGCAGUGCAACGCCGCAGCUAAUGAGAAAAGGUUCAGCACUCCUGGCUCGACAUCCCAGCUGCCUAAGGGAACAGGAACACCAGCAACGGCUACUGCUGCAGGAUAAGCCCUCGACGUUGGUCCUCAGCUACGAUUGCCAAAGGGGAGGCGUAGGCGUGGGCGUGGCUAGUGGGUUGUUGGACAACAACGAGCGGGUGUCGAGUGUGUGAGAGCAGCUGGCGAUGGCGGCGGCAGCGUUGGCGACAACGGAUGCACCGUAUACAACAGCAGAUGCGGAUGUGGCGACGGAGGACGCCUGCUCCUGCUGCCAUUGCCUGAGCAGGGAGCUGGUGCGACGGCAGCUAGAACUCCAAGAGCUUCCAGUGCAGUAAGGCGACUGCCAGAGGAUUUGAUCCUAGUGGUCCUCGGGAAUAGAUUCCCCAUGGCCAAUGCGAUGAGGAAACAGAGAUCGGAGGCGUCGAUGAUCAGAUCACCAGGGCGCGUGCAACUUGUGCUUAGAUAAUGCUAAUCGAGAGUUAAGUCUUCAAACACAAUGGGUGUGCUUAGGAGUAGCGUAGGAUUAGAAUUAGUCUGUAUGGAACGGUUGCCCUGCACUGGCAGAAACUCAAGGUCACUUCAAUUAAUUUUAUGUUAUUUAAACAGGAGUUAAAAAGUAGUUAAAGUUUAAUCUAAUAUUCAUAGAAAUAUAAUUAAUUUACUUCACAUAAAGUAAUAAUAAACCAAUUCCGCCAACAAAUCAGGUUGUGAAUGUUUAACAUCUUAAACAGUUUGCAAGUAUGUUUUAGUGUAAGCCCAUAAAGUGCACUAAUUACAAUUAUAAUCAAAGUGUAAUCAGUGCCAGUUCAAAUGCAAUUCCAGCUUAAUUGAUUAUUUGAUUGGGUAAUAAAUAUAUACGACCUCAAAUGAGUUUCUCUCACUAGCUGGGCAACUUUGUAAAGUUAAUUUUAAUAAGUUUUCCAUUUUGUUUUCCUAACCAAGUUACUUAGAAAUCAAUUGUCUAAUUGUGUAAAAAAUAAACAGCCAAAAACAGGGUAAACAUAAAGAUUGUAAAUAUAUAUAAAUGCAUUAUUUUGCCAAGAAACUGUGGUUACCACAUCUUCGGAGAUAGAACUAAUUAAAUAAUGUUAAAAUUAUUAUAUAAAACAAUAUUGGAAUAAAAUUAGUUCAAGUUCAAAAAAUUAAAAGUAAGGCCUACAAAUUUAAGAUUUUCUAAUUCUUGAUUUAACUUAAGAAACUUACCAACUAUAUCCAAAUUCA